GUUUGCAAAACAAAUAGGGAGAUGAGUAGACAGCCAUUUAUGCCAAAAGUUGAGAAGAUGGACACCAUUAAGCAGGUCAAAAUCGAGCCUGAUGAAAGCUUCAAUGAAGACUUUGAAAUGGAAAGCUCCCUUUUCUUUAAUGAAUCAGAGAGUUUUACAGAGAGCAUUCGAGCAAGCACUCAGUACAGGAAAACAAUUAAUGAAAUCACUGAGUUCAAGGUUGAUGCAGAUUCUAAGGAGGACACGAGAAAGUUCAUCAGGAGUUCAUGCAAUAAUCUCGUUGAUCAAUAUAUUCAGGAGGAGACCAGUGAAAUGGAAUCUCCUGGCGGAAUUGCGGUGUCCACUCCAUACUUAAGCACUUUGAAGAAGGAGACUGGAAGAAGCUCUCCUAAGAAAUAUAUCUUGAUGUCAGAUGCAAAGCCAAAGGAGAAAACUUCUGCAAACAAGUUCACUAUCGGAAGUCAGAAGAGUCCUAAAAGAUUAACAGAAUUUAUCCUAGGUACUAGAGAAAGCUUCCAUGUGAAGGAAAAACCAGAAUUUAUAUCUAUCAAAGAUAACGUUCAAGAAGAUUAUGAGAAUCUGAGCGCUCAGAAGGAGAAUAUCAACGUGAAGGAGUUAAUAGAGAAAUACUCCCCCUUCAAAGUUCAGAGUGCAUUGGAUAAGACUCCUCAGCGCAAAAGCUCGGAGCAUUCUCAUAAUUUCUCCAACUCGAACAUAGAGGAAAAGAAAGUUGUAUCGAUGAAUUUUAACAAGUAUUCUACAUCCAAGAAUAAUAAAUCUGGUCAAAAGAUACCUGAAGCAAGGAAGUGCUCAGGAAGUAUGAAUGCUUCCUCGAUCGAGUUUGCCCAGGCCGAUCAAGACCUUUUCAAGACAUUUGAGGAAUACAAUGAAGGUGACUACACUUAUGAGACAUUUGAAGAGGUCCUUAUUGAAGAACAGGAUGGCUCAAAAUGGUUAAGAGUUGACAAAGACAAGCUAAGAGCUAUCCAAGAAAAAUAUAAAGGCACUAAGCUUGGACGGGCUUUCAACCACAAUUUCAUCACUUGAAAUCCGAAUAUAAGGAAGAAGGAAGUUAGGUUUGAGAAACCACAUAAUUAUCCACAUGGGUUUACCAAAGGAGAAGAUGCUAUGCACAAAGUUGAGAAAUAUGAAAACCAAGAUCGGUACAAGAGCGCCUCGCAUGAAAGAGAAGUCACCCAAAGAAUGAAUAGGUACAACUCACAAGAUAAUAUAAUGAGUGUUUCCUUAAAGAGCAAGCUUAGUCCGAGUAACCUGCACAUGACCUCCCAAGACAGAAAGGUUAAUAGGUCAAACAGUAAUUCCCAAAGAAGGUAUAACCUCUCUAGCUUCGUAAAAGAAGCCGAAAAUAAAUCUGCCCAAAAGCCAAAGAAAAUGAAAAAGGACGCCUUUGAUAAGAUCUACAGAAGAUUUAUGGAAAGCAAGAGAUCAGUAGAAGUUAAAAUUGAUGAGAAGAGAAGAACUCAACGGAUAAAGGAAGAAAAUGAGUUCAGAGAAAUUGAAAAAGCCAGAAAAAGAGUUGGCAGCAAGACUAGAAUCAAUAAUUAUAUCAAGAAAGUUCAAGAUGAUAUUCAAAACCGGAUGUACAAAGCUGAAUGAAUGAAGCAUAAAUAAGUGCUUAGAUCAACAAAGAGAACAGCAGGAGUGGUUUAAACCUCAGACUAAUGUACAAAGGUAUCAACAGGAGUAUGUAAUAGCACAAGGAAACAACUUACAGAACUAUACUCCAGUGGAUGAGGACAUAGUCACCUUUGAGCAAUCUAAAGAAUUUAACCAUCUUGAUUAUGACAUGUACAGGAUUUCUGAAAGAGAUAGGAUACAUGAAAUGGAUGAAGACUUUGAGAAGCUAAAGCAGAAGAAAGAAAAUCUCCAAAAAGUGACUGAUGAGCUUCUAUACCCAAAAGUGACUGGGAAAAUUCCUAACAAUAAAGAUGUCUUCAUCAUAAAUAAAGUUAAUGGAAGGAAUUCUGAGUACUGAGGUACCUCUAUGACGACCAGUCAUGAGACAUAUACAAGUAAUAUGAGAAAAAUUAGGAAGAAAUCAAUUGCAAGUGUCAAAAAGGGGUCUGCUUCACAGAAGAGUCUGCUUUGUCUGAGUGGUUCUAAAUCUAGAACUAAAAUGAUCAGAUCUCCUGUGUCAAAGCCUGGUGAGAAUCUUCAUAGUAUGUGGGCAGAUUACAUCAAUGACAAGAACAUGUAAGCUCGAGGUAGAUUUCUACCAAACUGAGUAUUUCCGUUAAA